UGUGUGUGUCCGUGUGUGUGAACGCGACGCGCUUCCGCUCCGCUCCGCUCCGCUCCUUCCCUCCUUCGGCCAUAAAUCCAAGUUCUGCGCCUCCGCCGCUUUGCCAUCCAGUCCGCCUGAGCCUGAGGUGGAAACGGAGACGCGCUCGAUACACACGCGCAUCGCACACGCGCGCGGACACGCACGCACCGAGAGAAACAGAGAGAGACGCGCGCGCGCGCGCGCCGGGUCUCCAGUCACAGCGCCGCGCGCAGUGAGUCCUGAAGCGCCGGGAUGCCGCUACCGUAGUAAAGCCUGGUCGGGAGAAAAGCCCCCCCCCCCCUCACCAGCCACCCAUGACUGUAUACUGUGAGAAUGGUGCAGAAAUCCCGCAACGGCGGCGUGUACCCCGCUCCGCCGGCCGAGAAGAAGCUCAAGGUGGGCUUUGUGGGGCUCGAAGCCGGGGCUGCCGACUCGAGCCGGGACGGCGCGCUCCUCAUCGCGGGCUCGGACGCCACGACGAAGCGCGGCAGCAUCCUGAGCAAACCGCGCUCGAGCAUCACCGGCAAGGCGAAGCCGCCCAAGAGGAAUGCCUUCUACCGGAGGCUCCAGAAUUUCCUCUACAACGUGUUGGAGAGACCUAGAGGAUGGGCGUUCAUCUACCACGCUUAUGUCUUUCUGUUAGUCUUCUCCUGCCUGGUCCUCUCUGUGUUUUCAACAAUAAAGGAGUAUGAGAAAAGUUCUGAAGAUGCCUUGUAUAUUCUGGAAAUCGUGACCAUCGUGGUGUUUGGGGUGGAGUACAUCGUGAGGAUAUGGGCAGCGGGGUGCUGCUGUCGAUACAGAGGAUGGAGGGGGCGGCUCAAGUUUGCCCGCAAACCCUUCUGUGUCAUCGACAUCAUGGUGUUGAUCGCUUCCAUCUCGGUGCUGGCAGCUGGGACCCAGGGUAACGUCUUUGCUACCUCUGCCAUCCGGAGUUUGAGGUUCCUGCAGAUUCUGCGAAUGAUUCGAAUGGACCGCCGGGGUGGCACCUGGAAGCUGCUGGGUUCAGUUGUGUAUGCACACAGCAAGGAGCUGAUCACCGCCUGGUACAUUGGCUUUCUGUGCCUCAUCCUGGCUUCUUUCCUGGUUUACUUAGCUGAGAAAGAGGACAACAAGGAGUUUGAAACCUAUGCAGAUGCACUGUGGUGGGGACUUAUCACGCUGACUACUAUUGGGUAUGGUGAUAAGUACCCAAUAACGUGGAAUGGGCGGCUUCUCGCUGCUACCUUUACCCUCAUUGGAGUGUCGUUUUUUGCACUUCCAGCAGGUAUUCUGGGCUCUGGGUUUGCCCUGAAGGUCCAGGAGCAACACAGACAAAAACAUUUUGAAAAGCGAAGGAACCCUGCAGCUGGUCUCAUCCAGGCCGCUUGGAGAUUUUACGCCACCAACCUCACGCGGACGGACUUGCAGUCCACCUGGGAUUACUAUGAGCGAACCGUGUCCGUCCCAAUGUACAGACUUAUUCCACCUCUGAAUCAACUGGACCUUCUGAGAAACCUGAAAAGCAAGUCAGGACUGUCAUUCAGGAAGGAUGCUCAGACGGAGGCUUCCCCCAGUCAGAAGGUGAGCCUCAAGGACAGAGUGUUCUCCAGCCCUAGGAGCUCAGGGGCCAAGGGCAAGGGUUCUCCCCAGGGGCAGGGUAUGCGCCGCUCACCCAGCGCCGACAACAGCAAUGAGGACAGCCCCAGCAAGGUGCCCAAGAGCUGGAGUUUCGGAGAUCGCAGCCGUGCCCGGCAGGCCUUCCGCAUAAAGGGGGCUGCAUCACGCCAGAACUCAGAAGUGCUGAUUGAGAUGCAGGAUGAAGAAUUCAGACAGAAGAGCUCCCCAGCAAUUGAAGGGUUAAUCAAAGCCAGCCUCCCUGGAGAAGACAUUGCUGAUGACAAUAAGAGCUGCCACUGUGAGUUUGUCCCACAGGACUUGACUCCGGGAUUAAAAGUUACAAUCAGGGCUGUGUGCAUAAUGAAGUUCAUGGUUUCAAAGAGGAAGUUCAAAGAGAGCUUGAGGCCUUACGACGUGAUGGAUGUCAUAGAGCAGUACUCAGCGGGCCACCUGGACAUGUUGGCGCGGAUCAAAAACCUACAGUCCAGGAUAGAUUUGAUUGUGGGUCCCCCUCUCCCCACAACUCCCCGCCAUAAGAAGUAUUCAACCAAGGGACUCAAAGUGUCACCCCAAUACCCUCCUAGAGUUGAUCAGAUUGUUGGUAGAGGUACUCCACCAGCAGAUAAAGACCGACCCAAGGGCACUACAGAGGGGGAGCUGCCGGAGGACCCUAGUAUGAUGGGGCGCCUAAUGAAAGUGGAAAAACAGGUGAUAUCCAUGGAGAGAAAGUUGGACUUCCUGGUCAACAUCUACGUCCAGCGCAUGGGCAUCCCUCAGUCAGAGACAGAUGCCUACUUUGGAUCCAAGGAGCCUGACCCAGCUCCGCCUUACCAUAGUCCAGUGGACAGCCGGGAGCAGAUGGAGAAGAGCGGUUCCAUCACCAAGAUCAUCCGCUCCAUUAGCUCAACGGGACAGAAGAACUUUGACGCGCCACCAGCGUCAGUGGGUUCACAUAGUCAGUGCCGCCCUUCAACAUCCUGGCAGCAGCACCCCAUUAGUGAGAUGCACCAGCGCAGCCAGGGCACCUCGCCAGUCGGCGACCCCUCCUUGGUCCGCAUUCCCCCUCCCCCUGCUAACGACCGAUCUUCGGGGGGCCACGGAGGAAGCCAUCGUGGCGGCUCACUUCACACCCGCACCGAGAAUGGCAAGCAGCAGCCAGAGAGCGAUACCUCCAUCUCCAUCCCCUCAGUGGACCACGAGGAGCUGGAGCGGUCCUUCAGCGGUUUCAGCAUCUCACAGUCCAAAGAGAAUCUGGACUUCCUCAACAAUGCCUACUUUGGCGGCGUGGCCCGCUGUGCCAAGGUCAGGCCCUACAUCGCUGAGGGGGAGUCCGACACUGAUUCCGACCUCUGCACCCCCUGUGCUCCGUCUCCACACUCUGCCCCCGGAGACCGGGGCUGGUCGGGCACCAAGUAGGCUGGACCUCUGAAAAAUGGGCCGAGGAGACUGUGCUUCGAAGUGUCCCUUGUAAAGGGGGCGAACACCUCCUACAUGAGUCAGUGCUUUAAAUCAGCAGACUUCUCCAAGGGGACUGCUGCAGAAGUCAGGCUGUAGUCUCAGCUCUUUGGACUGUCAAGUGUCUGUAUAUUUUCUAACUGGAAAUGUUUAGGUUGCUGAAAGUGCAGAUGUUUUCAUUCACAUACACAUAUCUUCAUUGUAAUGAUUGUUUCACAAGUGCACAACAAAAUCCAUACUCUUGAUUCAUGGUUUCUAUACUCCAGUUAUCACUGUUGACAUAUGAAUGUAACUUGCAAUACUUAAUAUGAUUCUGAAGGUAAAGGGGAAACCCUGUUAUAUUUAGUUUACCGCUCAUGACGAAAACACAAGCAACAUUAUGCCUCAGUAUGAUUUGUGGUUAUUUCUUCAAACUAUCGGCUUUAGUCGGUUAUUUACGUCACUACAUUACAAUGUCGUUAAUACGCUUCCUAAGUGGUUUUGACUAUUACAGUUUUAUCUUAAGUACAGUUACUUGAAAGCAGAUCGUAUGAAAUGUAAAUAGUUUAUGGUGUCAGUAAUUUCAGAGGCAUCAGUGUUUUGCAUUUUCAAUUCUGAGAGCAGUGUUUUUUUUUUCAGUUUUGAUUGUGACCGAAAUGUUUCCAACUGGUCCAGUAUGGAUCCAGUAUGUCUUGCCAUUGCGUCCUCUGUUUACAUUUCCGUUCAUUUAGAACAUUUAGUCCUUAACAGAACUCCCUGCAUAAGUGCGUCGUCACUGUGGAAUACAAUAAGUGCACAUGUGAAAAUGUGGACAGCGGUAUGAUACAGUCGCAGUACUGCAAAUGCGGCUGUAAUAUACAAUGAAAUCAGUUGAGACAAAUUUCCAUUUUAAUGAUUAAAAACACAAGCAACAGCUAAGAUAUUUGUAAAGUGAAGCUGGAAUGUGAUGCAAGGUCAGUUCCCUUAAUAGUCCUAAAUAGACUUUUACACAAGUCCAGUCCAUGUAGAGACACGUUAAUGCACCUUUCCUCCACAUAGUGUCAAGUAAUUUGUCACAGGUCUUCAGUUCAAACAUCUUCAACGUGAGCAGUUUUCAUCACUGAGUGAACAGGUUGGGUCUUUUAAGAUAUAUAAGGCUUGUACUGCAUGCUGAUCAAAGGAUAUAGGAAUGUAUUUUUUAAUGUUUCCGCCAAGCCAGAGUCCUCUCGAGAAUCACAAUAUGUAAAUAACGCGUACUUUAUACCCCAUUGAUGGGUAUGCACUGUUAUGACUGAUAAUGUUGGAGAAAUGACAAUGUUAUAAUGUUUAUUUGAAUAUUUUCCUUGGUGGAACAUAUUAAUCACUUUGCAUGACCCAUGUAAUCAUUUAUGUCAAGCAUUUCUGCAAAAGAAAAUAUGUAGAAAAAAAGUCUAUUUUAUCUUAGUCUUUUUAAAGAUUUAUAUUCAGAAGAGGUACAAAAAUAGAUAUGGACCGCUUUGUUUCAGCUCUCUGGGGAUUUGAAAAGCACAUGUUUAGUUUUUCAGAAAUUUCUUUAAAUGCACUCCUUCCUACGAUUCUUCGCAGAUUAAGAUACUAAACACAUGACUAAUUCAUCCAUUGAAACAUCUAACAUGUAAAAAACUGGCAUAAUGUGUUCUGAAACUGAAUUUCAAAGGUCAGAAUUCUUUUAAACUGUGGAUGUUUGCCAGGAAGUAAUUUUUUAAAGAUUUCAGCACCGUCUUGAUGUAAGCAUCCUUCCGUAAUGGCACGCUUCACAUGUGAACUGUAUGCUUACUGUGUUCACCGGCCUCAUUUCCCACGGUAUAUGGUAUCCUAAACGAAGCACUUUGUGGACUGCCACAGAUUUGGCAAUUUCGGUGUUUGCUUUAUGGACCUAAAAGCCCUCGAUGGUAGAACGAUUCCACUUGUCACUGUAUAUAACUUAAAGCCAUAGUGACAAACUAGCAUGGCAUGGUACAAAGGAACAGAAACUGUACAUAAAUAUGACAUAUGAUGGAUCUUGCAACAUUCUUUAAAUAUGCAGUCAGUGUGUGCUGGAUUCAUCCCUGCGAUGGCUGCGUAUUUCAAGGCUGUACUGGUUCCCACUGGUGCGUUGUUCUGGUGUUCAAUACAGCUGCGCAGUGUAAGCACUUCAUGUCAUAACUGAUUUUUUUUCUUUUUUCGUGUCAUCAAUAAUGGGCCUUCAUGAUUAUAAUGAUGUGUGUGGGUCUAAAACUUUCAGUGAAACACAGUCGGGCGUAAGCUAUGUUACUGAGCUGUACUUUGACUGUUGUAUGUGCUUCGUGUACAAAACCAUCAGCAUCUUUAAUAUAACCCUACCUAGGAUAAGAGGAAAUACUUUUAACCACAAAUUGUCGUUAGCAGUUGUACGAUUUGGUGUUGGAGAAAUGGCUGUGUUUGUUUCUAUGAGUGUAAAACUACUCACGCAUACACAGACACACAGGCACACACACACUGUUUGAAGCCACUUGUCCCAAGCAGGGUCACG